UUCCUCUUCUAUCAAAUUCCACUUCCUCCCUCGGUUUUCUUUCACUUUUGUACCGUUUUAUUUUAUUUCCUUCUGCUUCACUCUGUCCUCCUCCAGCAUGGGACAGCUGUCCAGCCUCCACCACUUCCUCUUCCUCCUCUUCCUCUUCUCCCUGUGCUGGGGUCAGAGGACAAACCAGGAUACUGGGAGGCCGUCCUGCAAUCGCUGUGACCGCCGGCUGUCCUGCGACUGCUCCCGUGGCGGAUUCACCCGCGUUCCCAUGGUAACGGACCGCGCACUCACUCUGGAUCUCUCCUUCAACAACAUCACCGAGGUUACGGACGUUGACCUGACGGGCCACGAGCAGCUGAGGGCUCUGAGUCUCCAUGGUAACAGACUGGUUGUGAUCGAUCCGUCAGCGUUCAACUCUCUGUGGAGUUUGGAGGAACUGGACCUCUCUGACAAUCAGCUCACUGCUCUCGACCCCAGGUGGUUCAGCAAGUUAGGAGCUCUGCAACAGCUCAACCUGCUCAACAACCCGUACAGCUGCAUAGGUUCUGCUCCGGUGUUUGACGGGCUGGUCAGACUGAGGAGGCUGGCGUUCGGAGGUCCUGCUCUGAGGGAGAUACAGAGAGGAGCUCUGUCAGGAGUCUCUCAGCUGGAGGAGCUCACUGUGCACGCCAACAACCUGACCAGGUACGAGUCCGGUGCUCUGGCGUACGUUUGGCCGCUGGGUCGUGUCACUUUGAGCCUCCAUGGACCGUUUUUAACAGACAGAGCCUUAGCCUCAUCUGUGCUCGCCGACGUGUCGUACCCUGAGACACCUAUGGUCCUGGAGGACCUCUAUCUGAUUGGGAAUGAGUCUGUCAAGCCCUUCUAUGAAACAGCCAAAAGGAGGGUCAGGUACAUAACUUUCCGUAACCUUUUCAUCUCUGAUGAGACCAUUGUUCGCCUCCUAGUGGUUGUUAACGGAGUGCCAGUCAUAUCCUUUAUCGUUGACAAUGUCACGCUGACAGGCGAGGGCAGGUGGGAGAGAGCCAACUGGACAGAUCACAGAGCUGUUGAUGAGUUUGUCGUACGAAACGUCGUGGUGCUGGACGUCUUUAAGUUUGUCUCAUUUCUACAGCUGCAGUUUCUGCUGCAGUACCCCAGGAAGGUGUCUGUAAUAAACUCCAAGGCGUUUGUGUUGCCCUGCCCCACGUCCAGCCUUUUAAUGAACCUGCAGUACUUCGAUCUGUCUGACAACCUGCUGACCGACAUGACUCUGACUGAGACCCUGUGUAACGGAAACGGCACGCUGAAGGACCUCCGAGUUUUAAACGUCAGCGGAAAUGCUCUGAAGUCUUUGUCGACGGUGAGCCGACUGGUAACGAAGCUCCGCAAACUGACCCACCUGGACAUCAGCAGGACCGACUACAGCUUCAUGCCCCAGAGCUGCCCCUGGCCCUCCACCCUGCGACACCUCAACAUCUCCGGAGCUAAACUUACCACCGUCACCCCCUGUCUACCCACAACUCUGGAGGUAUUGGAUCUGAGCAACAACGAUCUCAAAGACUUCACCGUGGCCCUGCCAUCCCUGAGAGAGCUCCACCUCUCUGGGAAUAAGUUUCUAAGGCUGCCCCCUGGAAAUCUGUUCCUCAACCUGCAAGCACUGACCAUACAGUCAAACACCCUAAACAUGUUCGACCGUUCAGAUCUCCAGUCAUACAAACGACUCUCGAACCUCCAGGCAGGUCAGAACAAGUUUGUCUGCUCCUGUGACUUUGUCGCCUUCCUCCAGUCGACCAUUAAAGGAGACGGAGAUGUGCAGUUAACAGACGGAGAGGAGAGCUAUGUCUGCGACUCUCCUCUCUACCUGCAGGGGGAACAAGUGGGUCAAGUCCACCUGUCUGUUGUCGUGUGCCACCGGGUUUUGUUCGUGUCCGUGAGCUGUGGGGUGGCGCUGUUCGUUGGGGUUCUGCUGUGCAUCCUGCUGUGGCGCCUCCAUGCCUUCUGGUACAUCAAGAUGACUUGGGCGUGGUUGAAGGCCAAGCAUAGCUCCCGGCGCCGGCAGCGACUCAGAGAUGAUCCCAGUUCAGACGCACUGCUAACCUUUGAUGCCUUCGUUUCCUACAGUGAAAGAGACGCAACCUGGUAG